AGAAAAUAUAUUGUUGCAUUCAUAUAGAGAGAUCAAAUAAUAUCAACAAAAUUAUGCAUAAGUAAGUUUUCAAAAAACUGUUAGUUUUACUUUUAUGCACCAAUAUUAAUCCACAUAUAUAUGACAUGGAACCAGAGUACUCACAAGGAUCAACUUCAUGUUGUUUUUGCUUCUCCACCAAGAAAGGUGUUGUUGCAAGAAAUAACAAAAGCAGAGGAGUUUCAAGUUCAGACCAUGUUGAAUGGAAAACGAACGAUGAAAUAUUAUCUGAUAUGAGCAAUUUUUCUGUCAAAGAACAAGAAAAGAGGCUGAAGAAAGCAUUGAAAGAGGAGAAGAAAGUAUGUACUGAAGCAGAGAGGGUUGUACAAUGGGUGAAACAGGAAUCAUCUAGAAUUGAUUCUUAUACAAUCAACUCAAUUCUUAGUGAUAACAAGGAGAAAGAGAACUCACACGGAUCAUGGAGAGAAAUCAACAUGAAAACAACAUUAUUCAAUGAUUCAGUAAGUAAUUAA